CGCUUCCGGCGGCUCGCGCAGUUCCGCCAUGGCCUCCGAGGGAGCUCGGCGCCCCGCUCCUAAGGCUCGCGGUGCGGGGCCGGACAAGUACUCGGUGCUGCUGCCCACCUACAACGAGCGCGAGAACCUGCCGCUCAUCGUGUGGCUGCUGGUGAAGAGCUUCUCCGAGAGUUCAAUCAACUAUGAAAUUAUAAUCAUAGAUGACGGGAGCCCAGAUGGAACAAGGGAAGUUGCUGAGCAGCUGGAGAAGAUCUACGGCUCUGACAAAAUUCUUUUAAGACCACGGGAGAAGAAGUUGGGCCUCGGAACUGCCUAUAUUCAUGGAAUGAAACAUGCUACAGGGAACUACAUCAUCAUCAUGGAUGCUGACCUCUCACACCACCCAAAGUUUAUUCCUGAAUUCAUUAGGAAGCAAAAGGAGGGUAAUUUUGACAUUGUCUCUGGAACUCGCUACAAGGGAAAUGGAGGUGUAUAUGGCUGGGACUUGAAAAGAAAAAUAAUCAGCCGCGGGGCCAACUUUAUAACUCAGAUGUUGCUGAGACCAGGAGCAUCUGACCUGACAGGCAGCUUCAGGUUAUACCGAAAAGAAGUACUACAGAAGCUAAUCGAGAAAUGUGUCUCUAAAGGCUAUGUCUUCCAGAUGGAAAUGAUCGUCCGAGCAAGACAGCUGAAUUACACUAUCGGCGAGGUUCCGAUAUCAUUUGUGGAUCGAGUUUAUGGUGAAUCCAAGUUGGGAGGAAAUGAAAUAGUCUCUUUCUUGAAAGGAUUAUUGACUCUUUUUGCUACUACAUAAAUGAAAGUUGUUCAUUUGUAUUUAUGUUCAUUUCAAUUUAAACAAAAGAAGCCUGGUUGCUGAUUUUUUUAAAAUGUGCUCUUAAAGCGUAUAUCAAAAGGUAAGGUAAAUUUCAUGCAAAUCUUUUUCCUGAAGAAACUCUUAAUGUAUGUGUCAAAUUAGAAAACUAAGCAAUGUUCUCAGAUUUGUUUUCAUAUUUUGCUGUAUCUUAAUAUAAGUGCAUAUGUGGGUUUUUGUUGUUGUUUUGUUUGUUUUGUUUAAAAUACUGCAGAAGCUCUUAAAUGAGGAAGACUCGGAUGUUCUGUACAAGAACUGGUUUGAUUGCUAUUUGUACCUAAUCGCUAUCAAUUACUUUUAAAAUACAUUUGACUUUUUGUAUGAAUUGGGGGGAGGGGGACUGCCCUUUCUUUAAAAAUACAUUAAGUAUUUUAAACCCGAUAAAGCCGUAUAUUAGGCACAAUUUGGAGCUUGGUUCUUUGCAGCUGUUGAGCUGUUAGAGUUUUUCCUCUGUCACGUGGAGUCUCUGAAGUGAAUGCGCUGGGAGGGGUGGCGUUGCCCAGGUGCCGCCCGCGCGCCCGUGAGGCGUGGGCUCCUUCCCUGGCAUCUCUGGAUGUGGCCCCACAAGCAGCAACAAAAAUAAAAUCAAUUUUGUGCAUUGGAAACAGCUUGACCAGCAGUUGGUUGCAUAGAGGUUUUUUUUCUUUACUAAAUAAUGAUUUCUAUCAGUACUAUUGAUAUUAAGUAUAAACUUGGCUUCUAUAAUUUUUGUAACAUCUUACUAUAUUAUAUAAAACUUUUCAACGAACAUUUAUUUUCCUAUUAUUUCAGGCUCAACAAAACUUACCAGUAAGACAGAAAAUCCCUUCCCUCCCACCCGUGUCUCCCGUCAGGAAAGUGUCUGCCAGUUCAGAUGCAAGUUAAGUCGCCCAGUAAAGCAGGUGCAAAUAUACUGUUUGCCUGCUUUGACUUAGUAUUUGAGAAAUCAUUUUUAAUUGUAGCAUAGCUUUAGGGUCAGACAGUAGCUCUUAAAGUUUGGGGUAAGACAAAUUUUGAACACAUAGCCGAAGGGCGCGUUACAAGUUAGAGUUGCCACAGAUUAGUUAAUAAGCAUACGGGUGACUAGUGUUCCUUAUUACACGUGUGUGAGUUACUUUGGCCACAAAGAAAUUUACAGUUUGACUUUCCAUUUGCGUUUUUCUCUGACAGAAUUUUGUGCCAGGAGUUAAAGCCAGAGAAUGAAAGUGGAGUCAUUUUGAAGGAUCCCUGUUCCCAUGGCUGAACCCAUAGGACACUUCUAAUAAAGGCCUCUGGUCCCUUUGCCCAGUGCAGCUGCUCCCCAGGGACUCCCCCUCCUCGGGGAAGUGACUUCUCACUUACCCACGGUAGAAGACACAUCACGGGUGUCGAGUGAGACCUAAGCUAGGGGGACAGAAAGGGGGUAUGUGGAGGCGGGUGGCUCUCCUCCAUCCCAUCUAGACCCAGGUUCAGUUCUCGUUGACUCUUUGGAAUAGCGACUCGGGGACCUCAGGGAGACGCACUAUCAAGCUUUGCCUCACAGACCACACUGGAAUUCGGAGUUUCUGCUCUUCCUCUUUGCAGUGCUUACUCCCGCAGACAUUACGCAUUAUCACAGCCGGAGUUCACAGGGAAGUGUUUGAGCAGUCAGGAGAGUCACCGUUUGGAAGUUAUUGAGAAAAGACUGGGCUCUUUGGAUGCAUUUUUAUAGUAAAUCUCGUGACUUUAUACACUGCAAAAUCUUUUUAAGCAUUUACAUAUGAAUCUAGCAUCCCAUUUUUGCUUUGUAAAUGAGGCCAAGAAUGAAAUCCAGAUGUUCUCCCAUUGUAUUUGUAUUAUCACUGUAUGAAAUCUAUCUAAGGAAAACUAAACCUGGUCACUGUGCUUAUUUCAUACUAGCUUUUUGCCUGUCUUAUGCAACACGUAGGUUCUUGAUCUUCUAAGUCUGUUCCUUGGUCCCAUCUCCCACUUCCAUCUUUUUUCUAAGUGCCUUUUGCAACUGUUGUUUGACCUUAAAUAUAUCACUGAAAUAAUGUA